CAACUGUCAAAGUUCUGUGUAUAAUGUAAAUAAAAAGUGCCGGUCAUUAAAUUUUAUAUGAUACCGAGCGGAGCGGAAUAAAAGUCGAAUUAUUGUAAGAAUUUAUAGGUUUGAAUAAGCAAAAUUUAGUAAAUAUAACAAUCCAAAAUGAGCGUACGUCUUAUUGAAAGCGAUCACGGCUUUGAGCAAGAAUUGGAAGCAGCUGGUGUUCGUUUGGUUGUGGUCAAUUUUAUAUGCGAAUGGUCCACCACUUCAGCUACUCUUGAAUCACACUUUGAACAACUAUCAAACAAAUAUCCACGAGCUAUUUUCCUAAAAGUUAAUAUUGAUAACUGUAAAAUCACAGCUAUAGCACAGUGUGUUCCGGUCCCAACGUUAUUCUUCUACAGAAAUAAGACAAAGAUUGAUCAUCUUCAAAAUGCCAACUUAGAUGAAUUGGAAGCAAAAAUCCAACUACAUAUUGGUUGUGAUAAUGCCGAUUCAGGUGAAGACCUGAAACAGGGUUUGAUGGAUCUCAGAGGGCUGAUCACGAAAAACCAGUGUGAAUGUUUGGGCGGAGCAGAUAAUUUUCCGUUGGAACACUUAUUCACGGACGGCAGAACGGUGGCAAUUCUUUAAAUUUCGAUUUCGAUGAUCAGCUUCUUUUGUCGGUCAAUUUUAAUCAAUCGGUCAAAAUACACGCCAUCAAAUUGAAAGCACCCGAGAAAUUGGGACCGAAAACGCUGAAAUUAUUCAUCAAUCAGACUAGACCAAUGGACUUUGAACUAGCCGAAUUAUGUCCGGCCGUUCAAGAAGUGAUCGUCGAUCCAAAGGACUUGGUAGGAAAUCUUAUAAAUUUAUGGCCGGUGAAGUUUGCGAUCGUAAACAGUAUCCAGAUUUUCAUCAAAAACAAUCAGAGAGGGAGCGAAUUCACACAACUAGACAUUGGUUUCAUUGGAUCACCGUUACCAGCGGGCAACAAUUCCAUUUCAACGGAUGUGGAUAUUGAAGGUAUUAAGCAACACAACUGGUGUGGCACGUGAUUUGAAUGAUUUGCGUCGUGUGCAUCAAUUGCUCGUUAUUAGCUUGUCUAAGUUGCGUACAAAGACGGUCAGCACGGAAUUGUACAACGAAAGCAGGGCAUCGCUUGAAAAACUGAGCAUUCUGAAAGCAUGGGCAGAAGUUUAUAUUGUUGCUAUGAUUGGAAAUGGUUUUGCACCGGCCAGUUUGAUAAUGAAGAAAUUGUCGAGUUCUUCAAAUGUAAAUUACACAAUAAUAACAACCACAGCGACGACACCUUCAACGUCUACUGCUGCUGCUCCAACAGACGAUUCCGAUUUUGGUGAUUUUGAGAGCCGUGGUGAAAGUCUUUUGUCACUCGUGAAACCAGAAUUAAAUAAUUUGUCAACCCAUUGGUUGUCCGCGCUAAAAGAUCAUGCCAUGCUGUUGCUUCCACCUGAAUUCGCAAGCCAGUUACCACAUGACGGUGGUGCGUUCUAUACCAAUGAUACGAUGAAUUCAUCGAAACCACAUUACUUGGGUGCAUGGCCACAAAUUCUGUACGCCGCUUCGCUUUGGCUCAAUUCGAACGGAUUCCGUUUGGAUGCGGCCGCCGAGGAGGACGAAACGACGCAGAAAGACGACGAAAGUAGCGGAAAAGUAACUAACAAUAACCAACCGCCAGUGAGCCAUGACAGUGUACGUGCUGAUCGUUUCCAUUUGGUGUUCGGUAUUGCAAUGGAAGCCAUUUGUAGCACACGUUCGAAUGAGAAAUUGGAAGCGGUGCUUGCAUGUUUGCAGUCAAUGUACACACUGUUCGAUGAUGCUUGGGCUCGCGAACAACUAUUCAUGGAGCGUUCAUUGGCAAUUGAACUGUGAAACGGAGGCAUUGUGUGCGCCAAAUGCAAAAACACCCAAAACCGAACUCG